AUGUCACACCCACAAUACCUUCCUCCCUUGAGACGGGUAGCAAUAUGCGGGGGAACUCAUGGGAAUGAAAUGUCAGGUGUUUACCUAGUCAAGCACUGGCUACAGGAUCCAUCCGAUUUGCAGCGCAGCACCUUUCAGGUUACACCUCUUGUGGGCAACCCGCGUGCAGUCGAGCGGUGCGUGCGCUACAUUGGGAGGGAUCUCAAUCGUACGUUCGCUGCAGCUUUUCUAAAUACCAAGGCUUCAGAUUCAGACCUUUAUGAGAUUCAACGUGCUCAGGAAAUCAACCAGAUCUUCGGACCCAAGGGCUCAUCUCAAGCCUAUGACUUUAUGUUAGAUCUACACAACACUACAGCCAACAUGGGUUCCUGCCUCUUACUGAAGUCUGAAUUUAGCCUGUUAUCCAUACAUAUGUGUAACUACAUCCAGAAACACUGCAGAGUGAGACACUGUCCCAUCUUACUCUGUCAAAUAUCUGGAGAGGACACUACUUUCAUGACGUCAGUGGCUAAACAUGGACUAGCAUUAGAGUUGGGCCCACAACCCCAGGGAGUGGCACGAGCUGACCAACUUGCUAAGAUGAGAUCGAUUGUGGUCUGUGCUUUGGACUUCAUUGAGCUUUUUAACAAAGGCACCUUGUUCCCAGCUUUUGAAAUUGAGGCAUACAGACCGGUUGAACAGAAGGACUUCCCCCGUUAUCCCAAUGGGGAGAUUUCUGCUGUAAUACAUCCAAAUCUACAGGAUAAAGAUUUCCAGCCCCUGAAGCCUGGGGACCCAGUUUUCCAGAAUUUGGAUGGGGAGGAUAUUCUGCAUGAUGGUGAUGACACCUUCUUCCCAGUCUUCAUCAAUGAAGCAGCCUACUAUGAGAAGAAAAUAGCCUUUUGGAAGACAAAAAAGGAAACAUUUACACAACCGGCACUGCAGAAGACAUUUUAA